AGCGACUGUGAAACUCCGACUCAGUAGCCUAAGACAAUGGCUCUGGAAUUUCUUGGUUUGUAGAAAACGGGUUGAUUGCAGGGCGACGAUAGCCAUUGCACACUUCAAAGAAACUUCUGUGUCCGCGAGGAGUAAAAUGGGGUUUUUCUUUUUUUUGUAUUUUUUUUGGGUUAAUGGUUUUUGUUUAUACAUUUUUUUUGGUAAGAGUGUUUUUGUUUAAAUCAAUGGGCGAAUUACAAGGUACACCAGAGGUUCAAAACGCCUUAAUUACAGUGGAUUAUUUUCCGUACAUUAAGGCUACUGAGUCGGAGUUUCACAGUCUCUUUAAAGUCUCGUAAUAUGAUGGUUACCCUCAGUAUUGCACCGGCUCGUGGAUUAUCUGAGACGUUCUCUUAUCUGAAACACCAAGGAAAGGUGGCUCUUAUCCCAUUCGUCAUGGCUGGUGAUCCUGAUUUAUCAACAACCGCUGAAGCUUUGAAAGUGCUUAAUUCCUGUGGAUCAGACAUAAUCGAAGUGGGUGUACCAUACUCUGAUCCUUUGGCGGAUGGCCCAGUUAUCCAGGCUGCUGCUACACGUGCUUUAGCAAAAGGGACCGAUUUUAAUUCGCUCAUCUCCAUGUUAAAGGGGGUUGUCCCACAAUUAUCUUGUCCAAUUGCGUUAUUUACCUAUUACAAUCCAAUACUCAAGCGUGGCACUGAGAAGUUCAUGUCAAUUGUAAAAGAUGCCGGAGUGCGUGGUAAUAUUAUCUUCUGGUUCAACUACCAAAAAAAAAAAUAUUAUCUUCUGGCUGAAAUGUUAAUGCUCUGUUGAAUGUUUGGGGUGUGUGUGCGUGUGUAUAUACAUAUAAGGUCGGCUUUGAUAGAGUUAUGCCCUUUCUCUCCUAUUGGCCUGGAUAUUUUAAUAUCAGUAUUGCUGUUAUGUA